AUGGUGAUGGGCGAGGUUCAUGUCCUUCAAGGAGGCAUGGGAAAUGGGCAAGAAUAUCUGCAGACCCCUCACAUCCUGGACUUAAACUGUUUCAACUCCUUCCCUCAAGAGGGUUUUAUAGCCACUUGUGUUACUCCAUGGAAUAACACUAAUGACCAAGAUUUAUCUACAGCAUUUUCUCAGAGAGCCUGCAAUGAGUAUACUUUUGCUGUUUUCGCUUCUCUGAGGAUGCCCCAGAUGCUUCUCAAACACUUUUUCACCAUAAUUUUCUUGAGCACAGCAAAUGGAAUAAAUGCCAAGACAGGCAUUAAAUGUGGUGGACUUCUGUCAGCAUCAUACGGCAAUAUUUCAAGCCCAAAUUUCCCAGGACUUUAUCCAUAUGAUACAGAUUGCACAUGGCUCAUAGUGGUAACAGAAGGAUCCUCUGUUCUGCUCACUUUUCAACAUUUUGACUUGGAAUAUCAUGAUAAUUGUGAAUUUGAUUACAUCAAGAUCUUCAAUGGGGUUUCUGAAGACCAAGGAAAUUUGCUUGGUAAAUUUUGUGGUUCAAGUUUUCCUCCACCAUUUAUAUCAUCCUGGAAUAUCUUGACUCUAAUAUUUCACUCAGAUAACCAUGUGGCCAGUCAAGGAUUCUCAGCAGUUUACCAAAAAGAUGUUUGUGGGGGUGUGCUCACAGGAUUGUCUGGAUCAAUUACAAGUCCUGAUUACCCAGAGAAUUAUCCCAACAAUGCUGAGUGCCAUUGGGUCAUCCAAGGAACAUCCAACUCCAUUAUCAAACUGAUUUUUGUUGACUUCCAGAUGGAACACAGCGAGCAGUGUAAUUUUGACUAUGUGGCCAUCUUUGAUGGGCCCACAAUGGAAGAUACGCUUCUCAGUUACUACUGUGGAAACACAAAACCUCCAGAGGUGGUAUCUUCUGCACAUGAACUGUUGGUUGUAUUCAAAUCAGACUUUAACAUUGCUAACAAAGGCUUCAAGGCAUAUUUCUUUUCAGGUGCAUGUCAGGAGGUAUAUACCGCUGUCAAAGGAAAUUUCUCCAGUCCUCAAUAUCCACACUCUUACCCCAAUAAUAUCAAGUGUCGCUGGACCAUCCAGUUGCCGCUAGGUUAUCGAAUCAAAGUUUUUUUCCUGGACCUGGAUCUCGAGGGACGGAACAGCCUGACAGAUGGUUGUGAUUAUGACCAUUUGACUGUGUUUGAUGGAAGUACUGAGAAGGCAUCUCUGCUAGGAAAGUGGUGUGGGAGAGAAAUGCUAUCUCCAAUUAUAUCCAGUAGAAACAACUUGCUGUUGGUUCUUCACACUGACAGGAAUACAGCCAACCGAGGUUUCUCGGUAGCAUAUUUUGGAGUUGUCCCUAUGAAUGUCAGCUGCACAAGGACAGAAUUUCAGAUCCAAAUCCUCACACAGUCUUUGGCUCAGCUGGAGCGAAAUAAAAUCUACUUAGGAGUCCCCUCCUGCCCUGCACAAGUGGUUGGCUUGACCUUUCGGAUACAUGCAAGAUUUGAAACCUGUGGCACAGAACCGCAAAAAAGAAACAACACGUCUGUGAUUGUCAGCAUUCUGUACAUUGACUUUUCCGAUGGAAACCAAGAGGAUAUUCAUCAAUACGAAGUGCAAUGUGAGCCUAAAAGGAAAGAGGCCCUUGUGAAUCUGAUCUCUGGCUCUAAUUCCUAUAGGCUGAAUCAGUAUGCUGAGAAUCUGGUGGAGUCCCAGCCAAAGGAUGUAGGCGUGGCACAUGUCUAUGAGAGCAAGGCUCAAGAUAGCAGUGACUUUGUCUUCAUCAGUAUCUGCGUCCUUGCUGGGGUUCUGAUGGUGAUUGCUAUUGUUGGGUUAGUCUUAUUAUAGGCAUCUGCCUCUUUGCUUGUACUCCUGUACUGUUAGAGUGGGGUGGGGUUUUUUUUUGAUUUAUUGGGGUUACAGUGCUUUCAGAAAGUAUUCUGAAUGCACUGUGGACCCCUUUCACUUUUAUCAAUUUUGUUAUGCUAUGGUCUGAUUCUACAGUUGUUGAAAUUCAUUUUUUUUUCUAAUUACUCUACACUCAGUACCCCAUAAUGACCAAGUGAAAACAAUAUUUUAGAAAUGUCUGUAAAUGUAAGCACUGUAUAUAGCUGCCCCUCUUACAAUUGCAAUUCUAGGCAGUGCACAAAGGAUUAAGAUCAAAUAGCAAUAGCACUUAGACUUAUAUACCACUUCACAGUGCUUUACAGCAAAGGACCCCAACCUUUUGGGCACCAGG